CACCGUCGUCGGCUCCGACGUUCACCCGUUAGUUUUCAUGACUUUCCUUCCUGCUGCCGCAGCAGCACCGACGGUUGUCUUUUUGCUGCCCUCUCACCAACCCUCGCCUUGUUCUCACCCGUCAACAUGUCGGAGUACAACGCGGCGACGUCGCCCGGAUCCGGGGACCCUUCGUGCGGACAAGCGGCUCUCGGGAACGGAGCAGGUGGCGCCAAUAAAGAUGCGUUCGCGGACGCGGUGCAGCGGGCCCGGCAGAUUGCAGCUAAAAUCGGGGGCGACUCCGGCCCCCCUAUGAACAACAACAAUAACACCGCAUCAGACGUCUUUGCAUUCACUGCACAGAAACGACAGCUGGAGGACGCAGACGAACCGGAGAGCAAGAAGCUGGCUGCAGAGAGCGACUUGGACUCGGCCAAUGCGUUGUCGAUUGGUUCCCAGCUAGCUGCUCUUGCACAACAAAGGCCCGCCUCGAGCACAGAGGAGUUCAGUGUGCCAGACAGCAUGGUGGGGCUGAUUAUUGGCCGCGGAGGUGAACAGAUCAACAAGAUUCAACAGGAGUCCGGUUGCAAGGUUCAGAUAGCGCCAGAUAGCGGAGGUCUUCCAGACCGGUGCGUCUCUCUCACAGGUUCCCAAGACUGCAUAGAGAAUGCCAAGAGGCUGUUGGAUGAGAUCGUGUCCCGAGGGAGGGGCACACCCCCUUCCUCUUUUCACGAGUCCACCAACGGGCAGAACGGCUCGGUGCAUGAGAUGAUGAUCCCCGCUGGCAAGGCUGGCCUCGUCAUCGGCAAGGGAGGGGAGACCAUCAAGCAGCUCCAGGAGCGCGCAGGCGUGAAGAUGAUCCUGAUCCAGGAUGCCUCUCAGGGACCCAACGUAGACAAGCCCCUGCGCAUUAUCGGAGAUCCUUACAAAGUCCAGCAAGCCGAGGAGAUGGUGCAGGAGAUUCUCAGAGAGCGAGACCACGGGGGCUUCACUGACAGAAACGACUUUGGCUCCCGAAUGGGAGGAGGCAUGGAUAUCCCCGUACCGAGACACUCGGUGGGUGUGGUCAUCGGGCGAAACGGAGAGAUGAUCAAGAAAAUCCAGAAUGACGCCGGCGUGAGGAUACAGUUCAAGCAAGACGACGGGACUAGUCCAGAGAAAAUCGCCCACGUCAGCGGCCCCCCUGAUCGCUGCGAGCACGCCGCCCAGAUCAUCAACGAGCUGCUGCAGAGCAUCAGGGUCAGGGAGGAGGGACAAGGGGGUCCCCCGGGUCCUCCGGGCAUGCCUGUGGGCAACCGGGGCCGAGGCGGGGGACAAGGCAGUUGGGGCCCCCCCGGGGGUGAGCUGACCUUCUCAAUUCCUGCCCACAAGUGUGGGCUCGUGAUUGGCCGAGGAGGAGAGAACGUCAAGUCCAUCAACCAGCAGACGGGGGCCUUUGUGGAAAUCUCUCGACAGCCGCCCCCCAACGGAGACCCCAACUUCAAGCUCUUCAUCAUCCGGGGCUCCCCGCAGCAGAUCGACCACGCCAAGCAGCUCAUCGAGGAGAAGAUCGAGGGACCUUUGUGUCACGUUGGCCCCGGACCGGGCGGACCAGGUCCUGCUGGUCCGAUGGGUCCCUACGCGGCCAACCCGUACAACCCCGGACCGCCCGGCGCCCCCGGAGCCUCACAUGGUGGUCCUCCGGGUCCUCAGCAGUACACCCCUCCGGGCUGGAGCAACACCUUCCAGCAGUGGCAGCCCCAGGCCCCCCAUGACCCCAGCAAGGCAGCAGCCAAUGACCCCAACGCAGCCUGGGCAGCCUACUACGCUCAGUACUACCAGCAGCCAUCGGGGGCCGUGGCGGCCCAGUACCCCGCCGACCCGGCUGGAAGUGCCCAAACUUCAGCGGACCAGAGCCAGCCUGCUCAUGUGCCGGGGGGCCAGCCGGACUACACCAAGGCCUGGGAGGAGUACUAUAAGAAGAUGGGCCAGGCGGGGGCCUCCGUGCCCGGGACGGCCGCUGCGGCGGCCCCAGGUGCCUCACCGGCAGCAGCAGGGGGGGCGGCGUCCACGGCGGGGGGGCAGCCGGACUACAGCGCCGCCUGGGCCGAGUACUACAAGCAGCAGGCCGCGUACUACGGGCAGACGGGACAGGCCCCCGGCCAGCAGUCCACCCCCCAGCAAGGACAGGCGCAGUGAGAGCUGGCGCCGGAAGGGAGAGGCUUCGGGACACGGGACGAGGACGACCAUCUGCAAGCUUGAGGGCCGGGAUCUUGCCUGUUUUCACUUUCUUGUGAUAAGACAAAAAAAAAAACAUCAGCCACACCACCGGGAUACUUUUUAAUAGAAAUAUGAACUGAACAAACGUUCUAGCGCUUUGCUGCUGAAGGGCGGGAGAAGGCUGAUAAUCCCUCCAUGACAGGUGCACAGCUUCUCAGCGCUUCUGCAUAUAUAUAUACAUAUACUAUAUAUAUAUAUAUAUAUAUAUACCAUUAUGAACAUGGAAGCCAUGAAACGUGUACUUUAUUACAGAGGGGUUGCCAACAAAGCUGUCUCAUUUUCCUUUUAUUAACUUCUUAAGACCCAUUUUUAUAACACCUCAUACCCUUGUGUUAUAUUUACUGAAUCGCACAUAGCUAUUAGGACUAUAAUCAUAUUGUGUAUCUGGUACAGGUUAGAAUACAUCCUUUUUAAAGCUUAUUUCAUUUGCUCAAUGUUGUGACUUAAUAUAUCCCCCCUCCCCAGCCUCAGCAUGGCGUUUCAGCACAGUUGGAUUAUUUUUGCUUUAGAUGAAUGCUGGAAAGUCCUUUGUACCAGUGAGCCUGUUUGACGAUGCACAAAUGAAAUCCCGCGUUUUUGUGAUUGGCGAAUGCAGGCUGAGUAAUAACAGCUGAAACGCCACCCGAUAAAGAGGGAGGGGUGAUCCGUCGCCUGUGACAAUGUCUUCGUUGGGGAGGCCGUGACCGCUGGCAGGUCCUGAAAGGUGGCAGGAGUUAUGGGGUAUUUGUUCGGCCCCUGGAUAAAAAUGGCUUCCCUUUAACGGCCCUCGCCAUGAAUAGCCACCACUGUGAGGACCCCGACGUGAAGCAGCACCAGUCUGGCUCGUGUGGUCAUGAUUUAACAAACUUUCUCCUCGCUUUAGUUCCCUUUGCAUCGUUACCGCACUCCAUCCGCUUCUCGGCUUCUUCUGUCUCUUGAAAAGUCCAUCCAGGAGAAUGAUGCUGUUUUUAUAUGAGUGAUCUCAUAUACGCGUUGUGACCUUUGUGCGGAGGUCCCGUUGUCACCAGGCUGUGACGUAGUUUCAUCUGGAAGUUGCACGUGGUUGCUUUUGUUAAUAUGCUUUGGUUUACUAGAAUGUGUUGAUCCUUUUUUUUCUUUCUUCCCAGAGUCAUUGUGUGCAGCAGAAUGAAAAUGUAGUCUUCCAGUGUGUCUCACUUGACGAUAUAUUGCAUACAUCCAUAUAUUCAGCAAUAUAAGGCUGUUGGUUUUGACUUCCGGAGAUGUAUCAGGUAUGAAUCUUGUCUUAUGAUUGGCAGCUGUGAGCCUGCCUUUGGCAGCAGUGUUGAUAUUGUUAAUAGACGACCACCAGCAGCAAUACUCUGAAUUAAAUCCAGGCAAAUGCCGAUUACUGUAAAA